AUGGUUGAACAUGCCGUUGCCAAAGUAUCCGAUAUCAAAGAUGGUGAAAUGAAAGAAGUCGCAUUCGGCCCUAGUGAGGCAAAGGUGCUAUUGAGCAAAGUCAAAGGACAGAUUUAUGCCACUUCUCACAAGUGCACUCACUAUGGGGCACGCCUUGUGACGGGAGUUCUUUCGAAUGAUGGCCGUAUCUUGUGUCCAUGGCAUGGUGCCUGUUUCAAUGCUACCACGGGUGAUAUUGAGGAUGCUCCUGCGCUUGACAACCUUUGCAAAUUUAACGUCACUAUCAAAGGUGAUGACGUUUACGUUGAAGCAGAUGAAGCGGAGCUUGUCCGUGGUAGACGCGCACCCGUCUGCCAAAGAACAGUUACCGCGUCCAACGCAUUCACUGUUAUCAUCAUCGGUGGUGGUGCUUCUGGUAACGCCGCGGCCGAGAAGCUGCGCGAAGAUGGAUUUAAUGGACGUAUCGUCGUUAUAUCAAAGGAAGAUUAUUUCCCUAUUGACAGACCAAAGCUUAGCAAGUCAUUUGGGAAUAGUCCUCAGAAACUUGCUAUUCGUAACUCUGAAUUCUAUGACAACAUGUCUAUUACGUUCAAGCUGGAUACAAGCGUCACAAGUGUUGAUCCUCAGCAGAAGACAGUUACAGUCGAAAAUAAUGAAGUGUUCAAGUACGACAAGUUGAUUAUCGCAACGGGAGCAAAACCACGAUCCAUCCCUAUUCCCGGGAACGAUCUCGGAAACGUAUUCUGUCUUCGUGUGGUGCAUGACAAUACAAAGAUCGAUCAAGCUAUCGGAACCGGCGAGAAGAAGAAUGUGGUCAUUAUUGGUUCUUCUUUUAUUGGUAUGGAAGUUGCAUCGAUUGCGGCAAAGAGAGCAAAUGUUACUGUUGUUGGAAUUGAAAAGGUUCCAUUCGAAAGGCAUCUUGGUGAAAAGGUUGGAGCUGCGUUGAAAGCUUUCCAUGAAAAGAAUGGUGUUACUUUUCGUUUAGAUACUGGAGUGGCGAGCAUUGAACCAUCAGUAAUUGACUCGAGCAAAGUAGGAUCAGUCGUUCUAUCGGACAACACCGUCUUACCUGCUGACGUCGUUGUCGUUGGAGUAGGAGUAGCACCGGCGACGGAAUUCCUUCGUUCGUCUCCAGGAUUCAAUCUCGAGCCAGACGGUAGUCUUAAAGUAGACGAGCAUUUGAUGGUCGAAGGAAUUGACAGUGUCUAUGCGGUUGGUGACAUUUGUCGAUUCAAGUACCAUAUAACUGGAGAGCUACUAAGGGUCGAACAUUGGAACUUUGCAGAAAACACGGGCAGAGCAGCUGCAGUCAACAUUACGAAUAACAAUUCCACACCAUUCACAAAAGUACCUUACUUUUGGAGUGCACAACAUGGAAAGAGUCUGAGAUAUGCUGGCUACGCAUCUUCGUUUGACGAUAUCAUUAUACACGGCGACUUGGACGCUCUCGCGUUUGCAGCCUACUACACACAAGGAGAUAAAGUUGUUGCCGUCACGACAAUGUCCAAGGAUCCUAUUGCAUCUCACAGCGCCGAGUUGCUCCGUCUCCACAAAUUCCCAUCAGCCACCGAGAUAAGAAACGGAUUAGACCCACUACAGAUUACGCUGUAA